AGUGGAGAAGGAACACAAAAAACAAAUAACAGGUUGAAAAAAAUACAGAGAGUAAACAAAACAAAAAUGGGGGUUUUAUGGGCAAUUACAGAGCUUUUGAUAGCCAUAGCAGUUUUAAUUGCUUCUCUAUUACUCACUGCAAUCAUUUUCGAAUCCUUUAAACGACGACACAAUAACAAGCAUGUUGAUUCUCAUGUUAUAUUCGAGGAUCCUAAUUCCUUGAAACAGGUUCCAUGCCCUAAUAUCCAUGAUCCAGCAACAAAGUAUAUAUCUUUGAUUAUACCUGCAUUUAAUGAAGAGUACAGGCUUCCUGGAGCACUUGAGGAAACCAUGAUUUAUCUUCAACAACGUGCGGCAAAGGAUAAAUCUUUUACUUAUGAGGUAGUGAUAGUCGAUGAUGGAAGUGCUGAUGCAACAAAAAGAGUAGCAUUUGGCUUUGUCAAAAAGUAUACAGUGGACAAUGUUAGGGUUAUCCUUCUUGGAAAAAAUCAUGGCAAGGGAGAAGCUAUACGAAAAGGCAUGCUUCAUUCACGUGGUGAAUUACUAUUAAUGCUGGAUGCUGAUGGUGCAACCAAGGUUAAUGACCUUGAGAAACUUGAAAAUCAGAUUAAUGCAGUUGCCAAGAAAGAAUUUCAUUUAGGAGAUUCAGCAGCUCCAGAUUCAAAUUUCAGAAUAUCUGACAUCCCAAUUGCUGCUUUUGGUUCUCGUGCUCACCUUGAGGAGAAAGCUUUAGCAUCAAGAAAGUGGUACCGCAAUUUUCUAAUGAAGGGCUUUCAUCUUGUGGUCAUCUUAAGUGCCGGUCCUGGAAUUCGCGACACCCAGUGUGGUUUUAAGAUGUUUACAAGGGCUGCAGCAAGGAAACUUUUCACAAACAUUCGGCUGAAAAGAUGGUGCUUUGAUGUUGAGGUGGUUUAUCUAUGCAAAUGGUUUUCUAUUCCUAUGAUUGAAAUUUCUGUUAACUGGUCUGAAAUUCCCGGAUCAAAGGUGAAUCCGUUAAGCAUUCCAAACAUGCUUUGGGAGCUCGCGAUCAUGUCUGUCGGAUAUCGGAUGGGAAUGUGGAAAGUAAGCAAAUAAGCAUAAUUAUUGAGUUAAUUACAGGAACCACUAUACCCGGGAUGAAGGACGACAGUGAUGAAUACACACUCGGGUGUAAAAGCACCUUUUAAAGCAAUUACAAUUUUUGCGAGCGGGAAAUGCAAGCCAUAAUCUAACCCUUUGAAUUAGUCUGUUAUACCACUUUGAUUGGCCAUAUUUUCUUCUAUUUCUUAUAACUGAUAAGUUGAAUUUAGAAUUUUGAUUGAUAUUUAAGAGACAUUAUAUAGCACUUUUUAUUAA